AUGCCACUCAUCCAAGAAUCCUACGACCAUCUUCCAUAUGUCGAUACGGAGCUCGAUGCUGGAAGCCUUGCUGCUGCCAAAGCCGCUAUCGACGCCGACAUCAGGAGCGCCGGCGUAGACACUUCAGACAUGCACCCAGCGCUUAUACCAGCAGCCGCCAAGUACACACCUACCUUUUCCGACUUCAUCGCACGCGAACAUGCGCGACUCGACGAUCACCCAACUUCUAAGCUAUCUGGCGUCGACCUAAAGCGCUACGAGGAUCUCGAUGCGCCUGAGAACACAACCCCUACCAGCGACGAGGAGAGACCAGAGCUGCUGGAGCGGUGGAACAAGGCACUGAAACAGGCCUACACAAGCUCCGAGUAUGUGCAGGGCAGGCUGACGCAGUUGGGUCUCUUGGAGAAGUUUGGCAAGAAUGCGUGGCUAGUGGGCAACUCGCAACUAGAAGACAUCCUAAAGGGGAUCGAGGCUGAGCUGGCAGAUGUGAGAAAGCAACAAGAGGACAUAGAGAUACUGAGAAGAUCGCAGCAGGAUAGCGCAAGCGGUGAGAUCAAGACGCUCGAGGAGACAUGGAAGAAGGGCGUAGGAAGAGUUUUGGAGACGGAAGUCGCUGCCGAAGGGUUGAAGUUACAGAUUCUUGAGCAGAGGAGGGCAGGCGCGGUUUGA